AUGAAGAGUCUCAUUACUAGUGUAGUCAGACCUCAAGACAAUAUCACUCAAGAGAAAGCUAAGGAGAUGAUGGAUGUUGAAAAAGAAACUAAAAAAGAUGAAGAACUUGCUAUGAAAAGAUUGGCUAGAACUCUGUCUAAUGAAGAGAAUAAAAAGAAGAAAACCAAAGCAAGUGCCUCAAAAAGAAAAUCUCUUAAAAGGGAUCUUGUAGUUUCAAGUGACUCAAAAUCAAAUGUUGAAGCAGAUGUCCUUAACAUUGUGCCCUCUUUGAGAAAGAAGAUUGGAGGAAAAAAGGUGCUUGUGAAUAUUUCUACUACUCCCUUGGAUAAUAUGUUAUUUCACCAUGAAGAAAGUGUUAAAAAAUGGAGGUUUUUGUGUCAAAGGAGAAGUAAAGAUGUUGAAUCUGAUAUUGUUCCCUCUCUAGACAAAGUGGCUGGAGAAAUCUCUAUUAGUCAAGUCCAAAUAGGUGCAUCAAAUUGGGUUCCAACCAACCAUAGCUCAAGCAUCACACUUGUCUUAGCCAAGCUUAUCUUUCAAAUUGGAACAAAGGCCAAACUAAAUUUUGGGGAACAUGCUUUUGGCCCGACAUUGAAACAUGUUGACUCUUAUGCAGUGAAACUUCCCAUUGCCUUUCUAUGUUUAAUCACUAGAAUCAUAUUUAAGAAACACCCCAAAAUAUUGUGUGCAAAUGAAAUCAAGAAAAAAAAGCCAGGCCCAUUAAAUUUGGACUAUAAACUCUUCGUUGGAUCUCAUGUUGCUGACAUUAAGAUGCCAAGAAGUCAUAGUCAUGUUGCUAGUGGAAGUUACUCCUCUGGUUUCAAAACCACCAAAGAGGAGGUUUUGCAUGAAUUGAUGGAAAUGUCAAAUACUCUUCAAUCAACAAUAAUUUCAAGUACCAAUAGAAAAAAUAAGAUGGAUGAUUUUAUCAAAAUAUUGUCAAAUAAGGAGGAAGGAGAAGAAGAAGCUGAAGAGAAGGAGGAGAACUCUGAAUAG